UGACCCAAAAAAGAAAGACUUGCACGAACACUACUUAAAACUCGUUAGCUUUUGCACAGCAGACUGCGAUUCUUUUCCUCUACUUCAAAUUCCUACUCUUUGAUUUUCUAUCUACUUCCAUUCUUCUUAUAAUUCCUUCCUCAAAUUUAUUUAUUUCGUCAUGUCUUUCAUUGGAGAGGCCGCUCUAUCUGCGUUCCUUGAGGCGUUGUUUGGAAAGUUUGCCUCUUCCGAGUUCCAGUUUGUCACUGAGGAGCGGGUUCGAAAGGAGAUUAUGAACUGGGAAACUAUGCUGAGGAACAUCCAUGCGGCGCUUGCUGAUGCAGAGGGGAAGCAACUGCGGAGUCAGGCUGUGAAGAUUUGGUUGGCUGACCUCCAAGACUUGGCUUACGACGUAGAUGAUAUCUUGGACGAGUUUGCGACUCAAGCUUUGGGGCGUGAGUUGAUGAAACAACAUCAAGCCAGUACAAGUAAGCCUAAAAAAUUUAACCCUGCUUGCUUCACUGGUUCACAUCUAAGUUCAAUCAAGUUUAAUCAUAAGAUGAUGUCCAAGAUUAAAGAGAUUACUGGAAGAUUGGAAGGUUUAGCCACUAGAAAGAGCAACUUGGAGCUAAGGGAGAUCACUUAUCAUGUUGGAAGGCCCAUGACAAUCCCAAGAAGGCAGCCCAGUACUUCUUUGGUGAACAAAGCUAAUGUACUCGGCAGAGACAAAGACAAGAGGGCAAUACUUGAUUUGCUGUUGAGGAACGAUGGCAGUGAUGCUGGAGUUUAUUCUGUGAUUCCCAUCGUUGGCAUGGGAGGGAUUGGAAAAACAACCCUUGCUCAACUUGUUUACAAUGAUGACAGCAUAAAAGAUCAUUUUGAUCUUAGAGCAUGGGUUUGUGUUUCUGAUGAAUUUGAUAUCAUCAGGAUAACAAAGACAAUUCUCCUCUCAGUCACCUCCGAGACAUGUGAUAUGAAUGAUUUGAAUUUGCUUCAAGUCAAAUUAAAGGGGAAGCUAUGGAGAAAGAAAUUCUUGCUUGUUUUGGAUGACAUUUGGAAUGACAACUACAACGAUUGGUUGACGCUUCGAUCUCCUUUUGAUGCAGGGGAACCAGGAAGCAAAAUAAUUGUCACAACACGUAGUUCCAAAGUUUCAUCAAUUAUGACAACUGCUGCAGACUACUCUUUGCAAUGCUUAUCAGAAGAAGAUUCUCUCAGAAUGCUUGCUCAUGACGCAUUAGAAAGAAAGGAUUUUACGAGGCAUCCAGACUUGAAAGAGAUCGGCGUGGACAUCUCGAAGAAGUGUGAUGGUUUGCCUUUGGCAACAAAAACCAUUGGAGGACUAUUGCGCACAAGGGUGAAUCGUGAUGCAUGGAAAGAUAUAUUAGAGAGUGAUAUAUGGAAUCUACCUCAACGGGGAAGCGACAUAAUUCCAGCUCUAUGGUUGAGUUACUAUUAUCUUCCUUCACAAUUAAAGCAAUGUUUUGCUUAUUGCUCUCUGGUCCCUAAAGAUUAUGAAUUUACUGAGGAAGAAAUAGUUCGAUUAUGGAUGGCAGAAGGUUUUCUCAAUGGAGCAGACAAUAAAAGGAAAAUUGAGGAUUUGGGAAGCAAGUAUUUUGAAGAACUAAUAUCAAGAUCAUUCUUUCAAGCAUCUAGCAAGGAUGAAUCUCAGUUUGUAAUGCACGACCUGAUUAAUGAUCUAGCUCAGUUCGUUGGAGGGGAAAGAUGUUUUAAAAGGGAGAGACAUGAGGAAAUGAAGUGCCCAAGUCACGCUCGCCACUCCUCUUAUAUCAUGGGCGGGUAUGACAAUAUCAAAAAGCUUGAGUCCUUUUUCGAAGCGAAGUCACUACGGACGUUCUUACCCUUUGAGAUGCUGAGGAUGCAUGAGUGUUUCUUAAGCAAUAACGUUCUUAAUGAUUUACUGCCGAGAUUGAAAUGCUUGAGGGUGCUCUCCUUGAAAAGGUACCGCAUCACUGAAAUAUCAGAUUUCAUUGGAAAUUUGAGACAUUUGCGCUAUCUAGAUUUCUCUUAUACUUCCAUAAAAUGUCUCCCUGAUUCAUUAUGCACCCUUUAUAAUUUAGAGACUCUUUUAUUAAGGGAUUGUUGGCGGAUUGAGAAUUUUCCCCCAAAAAUAGGAAUGUUAGCCAACCUUUGCCAUCUAGAUAUUGUUGGUGCAGAUUCAAUGAAGGAAAUGCCAAGUGGAAUUGGUAAAUUAACAAAUCUUCGAGCAUUGUCUAAUUUUAUUGUGGGCAAUGGUGAUGCAUUGAAUAUAAGAGAGAUGCAGAAUUUAUCAAAUCUCAAAGGUCAGCUUUCUAUUUUAGAGUUGCAGAAUGUGAAUGAAGCUCAUUAUGCAUGGGAAGCUAAGCUAUCAAGUAAGCCUGAGCUCGAUGAUUUAGAGCUGGAGUGGUGUGAAGACUUCAAUGAAAAUUUAAGAAAGAAAGAAGUCGAGACAGAGGUGUUGCAGUUCCUUCGACCUCAUGAAGUGCUUAAAGUGCUUGCCAUCAGAUAUUAUGCUGGAAUAGCAUUCCCAAUUUGGAUUGAAGAUCCUUCAUUUAAAAAUUUGCAAUCUUUAAAGUUUGUAAAUUGUCCAAAUUGCACAUUAUUACCAGCCGUUGGAAAACUACCACAUUUAAAGUUUCUUUAUAUUAAGGGAAUGAGGAGCGUAACUAGUGUUGGCAAUGAGUUCUAUGGAGAGAAUUGGCCAAAUGUGUUUCCAUCAUUAGAGACAUUGCAUUUUGAGGAUAUGCCAGAAUGGAAAGAGUGGAAGAAAUGUGAAGUGGAUGAGCCGGGAAGAAAAUUCCCUUGCUUCCGAGAUCUCCUAAUUGUGGGUUGUCCCAAAUUGAUAGGGCCAUUGCCAGAGUACCUUCCUUCUUUGGAAAAACUUGAGAUUGCUAAUUGCCAAAAUUUGGUAGUUUCAAUUUCAAAUCUUCCAAAGCUAUGUGAAUUAAAAAUUGAUGGGUGUGAAAAAGUAGUGCUUGGGAGUUGUAUGGAUCUUUGGUCGGUUAAAAGAAUCUCCCUUUCCAACUUUUCAAGGUUUGCAUGUGUAAAAAGGGAAAGGAUGUCGACGUUAGAGAGGAUGAAAGUAGAAGAUCUCAAUGUUAAAGGUUGUGAGGAAUUGGUUUCUGUGUGGCAAACAGAGUGGGGUUGGUUGUUGCCUUUGAGAUCUCUUCGUAAUUUAAAGCUUAAAAAUUGUCCGCAGGUUGUUUCUAUAGGUGCGGUGGAGGAACGGGCAAAGAUUCUGCAAUUAGACAUAAACUGCAACAUUGAACAUUUGAGAAUAGAAUAUUGUGAAGGCUUCCAAAAGUUACCAAAAAACCUCUCGUGUCUUAGAGAGUUAGAGAUUGUAAAGUGCCCAAAAUUGGUUUCACUUUUGGCGGAUAACUUGCCCUCAACUCUUAAAAGUUUGGUGAUUACGGAAUGUGAGAAUUUGGAGUGCUUUUUGGAAGGUGGGGAGAACAUCAAUUUCAGCAGCACAUCUCUCCUUGAAUUUCUUCAAAUUAGUGGAUGUGAAGCUCUCAAAUCAUUAUCAUCAAGCAGUAAGUUACCCGUGGCCCUUAAAACGUUGAAGAUCUGGAACUGUCCCGAGCUAGAACUUGUAGCACAGGAAAUUGGGGAUAAUACUUGUCUUGAAUCUAUUCAAAUCACGUCUUGUGCAAAUAUUCAGUAUUUACCCCGAGGAAUGGACAAGCUUAAAUCUCUGAAUCUCUAUGGUUGUGAAAAACUUGAAGCUCUGCCCAACCUCAACUCUCUUCAAAAGUUUAUCAUAUCGAGUUGUCCAAGGGUGACAUCCAUCCCAGAAGGGGGUUUACCUGCUAACCUUACAAUGCUUCACAUCUCUAGAACCAAUAUUAGGAAGGCAGUAAUGGACUGGGGAUUGCAUAGACUCACCUCUCUUAAAGAACUCCGAAUUCAUGGUGGUAAUUAUGAUGCGAUGACAUUUCCAGAAAGGGGUUUGCCUACCAACUUAACAAUGCUUGACAUAUCUGGACCCAAUAUUGUUAAGGCAGUAAUGGAGUGGGGAUUGCAUAGACUCACCUCUCUUACAACGCUCUACAUUUAUGGUAGUAAUUGUAUAGAUGCGGUGUCAUUUCCACAAGAGGAGAUCAGGCUGCCCCCUACGCUCAACCAUAUUUCUAUCUCACUCUUCAAAAAUCUACGGAAGCUAUCCUCCAAAGGCUUUCAGGAUCUUUCCUCUCUUCAAUAUUUGUGGAUACUCAAUUGCCCGAAGCUCAAGUCCCUUCCCAAAAAGGAAGUGCUUCCCUCGCUUUUGAAUCUACAAAUUAGUGGUUGUCCAACGUUGAAGAAAAGGUGCGAAAGGGAUAAAGGAAAAUGUUGGUCCAACAUCGCUCACAUACCAUGUGUUUACAUCUUCGAAUGAUCAAGAGCAAUGUUAAACCCAGAGCUUUUGUCCAGAUGUCCAAUCUUAGAAGAGAAUUUCCCAUUUUGAGUUGAUGGAUGUUUGGAUGUGGCCUUGUCUUUUUUCUACAAGAGGGAGAUACAUACAAUUGAUGUAAGAAGAGGGAUUUCUGUCCGGAGGCUUUCAGAAUCUGUUUGUUGAAGAGUGGUGAAUGUUGGGACUUGCCUUGAAUCUCAGAAUCUCAUAUUGAAAGUUAGUGAGUUUUGAAUUUGUCCAGUAUCCCACAUCGAGAGUUUAGUAAAAGUAUAAGGGGUUUCACCCUUAUAAAUAAGAUGUUUUGGU